AUGGAAUAUGAGUCUGGGUGGAUUCUAGCCGGUAGAAUCUGGUUGAUUUUCUGCUUAGCUUCUUCCCUUUCGUUGUUUGCCCCAAUAGGUUUCGUUAAGCGCACUCUCCUGACAUCAUCAGCUUAUACAAUAUUCUUUCUUUCUUUCUUUCUUUCUUUCUUUCUUUCUUUCUUUCUUUCUUAUCCAAUGAUUUCAUUCAUUAGUAUACAAUAUCCUUUCUUUCUUUCUUUCUUUCUUUUUAUCCAAAUGAUUUCAUUCAUUAGUAUACAAUAUUCUUUCUUUCUUUCUUUCUUUCUUUCUUUUUAUCCAAAUGAUUUCAUUCAUUAUAUACAAUAUUCUUUCUUUCUUUCUUUCUUUCUUUCUUUCUUUCUUUCUUUCUUUCUUUCUUAUCCAAUGAUUUCAUUCAUUAGUAUACAAUAUUCUUUCUUUCUUUCUUUCUUUCUUUCUUUCUUUCUUAUCCAAUGA